AUGGGCAGGAGAAAGAUCGAGAUCAAGGCCAUCAAGGAUGACAGAAAUCGUUCUGUCACAUUUCUAAAGCGAAAAGGUGGCCUGUUCAAGAAGGCUCAUGAGCUCUCUGUGCUCUGCUCUGUCGAUGUCGCCGUCUUCAUCUUUGGGAGCAAUAAGAAGCUGUACGAAUAUUCUUCGGCGGACAUGCGUGAGCUCAUCACGAAAUACCAAUAUCACGGUGGUCCCAAUGAGCACAAAGGCCCGGCCGACUUCAACGGCGGCGCAGACGACGACGAGGAUGACGACGGCGAAGGCACUCCUCCCCACGUCCAUGAGGGCUCUGUAGAGCCACACAUGAUGCCUCCCCAAUACUCAGCUCAGCAUGUUCCGUUUCCGCAUCUGCGCGGUCAUACUCCCUCGGCUUCACCUCCCAUCAACGGCGCCCCGUUUGCUCCCCGCGGCCAUACUCCACAGCCGCCGCAAAUGGGCUCGAGACCUUCUUCGAGAAACGACUACCGUAGAGGACCUGGCAUGCCGCAACCAGUGGGCCCUCCGGGACCACAGCCAAACGGAUACGCUUACAUGCCGCAACCGCACAUUUACCAGCCCCCGAACCAGACGAUGCCCCCAAAUGUACAACAUUCCAUGCCGCCGCAGCCACAACCACAAUAUGCGUACCAGCCGCCCCCACACCCACAACAUCCUCAACACCCUCAAAUGCAGCCCUCGUACGUUGAAGACCAAAGGCGGGCGUCGGUACCUCCUCCGCAAAUGCAGCCCUACGUUGACGAGCAGAGACGGACUUCCGUACCUCCCCCGACCUAUCCGCCGCAAGCUCCUCCACCUCCGCCUGCUCAAACCCACCAGCGCAUGUCACCGCCGCAAUCGCACCCUUCGCAGCUCCCUCCGCAGCCAGUUCCUCAGAUGUCUCCUCCUCAACCUCAGCCUCAGCACUUGGAGGUCCCCCAGAUCCAUCGCCGACUGUCGCAGGAACCGCAGCCGCCGGCGCCCAUGGAGCCGAAGCCAGAGCCGAACUCUGAAAAGCCCCAUCAACCUUUCCUCGACACUGCGUCCGCCAUCAAGAAGAUGCCGCAGCGCAAGCAGCACAGCAUCUUCACCCCCAUUGAUGAGAACCGGUCAAUUCUAUCUCAGCAUUUGGCAUCCUUUGCUUCUGGUCUGAAGGAAGAAUCGGGUCCGAAUGGGAGCCGCGCACAGUCUGUAGAUGUUGGCUCUGUCUCGCGAACAAACGCGGAUUCAUCUCCGCCACUUUCGCAGAGGCACAAUAUUCCCAGCCUUGGUAGAAACUCGGUUCCCACCAUCCCAGAAACUUCUUUUACGCCGCCCUCGAGGUCCAACAGCCUGCGAGAUGGCGCACCUCGACCAAGACUGAGAGUUCAGAUUCCUGAUGAACAGUCGGAAGCCGGUAGCAACACGGCUGAAACUCUCACAACAACAUCGCCACGGAAUAUCUCGGAAUCGGCAGUUCAGCCCACCAGGCGGAACGGCAGUGAUUCUCAGCCGACUGGCGGUGUCGUGCUGCCGCCGCCGUCGCCAUCUGCCUCUGCGCUCCUAUCUGCCGGCGCAACCGGGCCGCCCAACCCGUUUGCUCGGCCCAUUUCUCAGUCGCAGCAGGGAGGUAAUAUGAACAUUGACACGCCUGUGUCUGCGUUGCCAUCUCGUUUCCUCAACACGGAGUUCCUGCCAAGUCCCAGCAGCUUCUACCCCGAAUGGAACUUUUCCAGAAACGACAGCAAUACCCUGCCAAGUCCACUCAACUUUGCUACUCCUGUCCACGGUACCGGGCCUUCGUUUUUGCGCGACGAGAACUCCAACAAACGAAAGAGCCCCGAGAUCAACACUGCUGGCCCGGCCUCGGACGGCCCAGACGAAAUCAAGAGAGUAAAGAUUGACACAUGA